UUGAGAGAGAGAUCAGCAGUGAUGGCGGACGCGGAGCUGGCACUCGAUCUCACUGACAACAAGCAAGAAGAAUCAGGGGAUUCUCCGACUGACGAAGGAGAACCGGAGCCCCAACAGACAGAGGAGAACACAAAUGGCGUUAAAACCGACGCCGAGGAGAAGCCGGAUCCCAAAGAGAAAAGCUCCGGGGGCCGAAAGUCUCACCGCUACCAUCCGUAUAAAGAGCGGCACGCUGGCGGAGACAAGAAGGCCUCGCUCAGGAACCGGGUGUUCAUUAGCAAUAUCCCUUAUGAUAUGAAGUGGCAGGCUAUUAAAGAUCUAAUGCGCGAGAAAGUUGGUGAGGUUACAUACGUGGAACUCUUUAAGGAUGGAGAAGGAAAGUCAAGGGGCUGUGGUGUGGUUGAGUUCAAAGAUGAAGAGUUUGUGAAGAAAGCCAUUGAAGUCAUGAGCAAACAUGAUCUGAACGGACGGCCGCUGAACAUUAAGGAGGACCCUGACGGGGAUCAUGCGCGGCGUGUUCUGCAGAGAUCGGGCCGGAUGUUCGGAGCGGGUCGAGGACAGGACGGUCCCGUCGGGAUUAACGUUCCUCCUUCCAUCGCCAACAACCCCAACAUCCCUCCUGACAUCAUCAGCGCGCUGCAGGCCGGGCGCCUGGGAAACACCGUGUUCGUGGCCAACCUGGACUUUAAGGUGGGCUGGAAGAAGCUGAAGGAGGUGUUCGGCAUGGCCGGCACCGUGAGGAGGGCAGACGUGAAAGAGGAUAAAGACGGGAAGAGCCGAGGGAUGGGGACGGUGUCCUUCGAGCAGCCGCUGGAGGCCGUUCAAGCCCUCUCCAUGUUCAAUGGCCAGAUGCUGUUUGACAGACAGAUGCAUGUGAAAAUGGACGAUAAAUCACUUCCUCCAGAUGACUUCCGGCCAGCGGAGAAAGCGCCACAGUUACCCAGAGGUCUGGGCGGCAUCGGUAUGGGUUUGGGUCCCGGCGGGCAGCCAAUAAAUGCCAACCGUCUCAGUGGAGGGGGCGUGGCCUCCAUGGGACCUGGAGGAAUGGACGGGCCGGGAUGCAGCAGCAUGAACCGCAUGAGUGGGAUGAGCGCGGGGUUUUCCAGCAUGGACUGCAUGGGAGGAUUCGGUGCCAGAGACAUGGGAUCCAUGGGCCGAAUGGGAGACAUGUAUCGCUCUGGAAUGUCGGGGAUGGACAGAGACUUCGGCAGGAGUGACCUGGGAAUGAGCGUCCAGUUCGGAGACUCGUUUGGAGCUGGAGGAUAUGCAGGAAUGGGGAAUUCUGGGAUAGGACUCAUUGGCUCUGGAUUAGGUGGAGGAGGAGGAGGAAUGCUCAAUAUGGGAAUGGACCGCAUGAAUUCUGGCUUUGACCGAAUGGCGGGAAACAUGGACAUGGGGCGUGGCUUCGGCCAGUACAGUGGUCACAUGGGUGGAAUGAGUGACAGGGGGGCGGGGUCUAAGGCCGGAUGCCAGAUCUUUGUGAGAAACCUCUCGUAUGAUCUGACCUGGCAGAAGCUGAAGGAGAAGUUCAGUCACUGCGGUCAGGUGAUGUACGCUGAGAUCAAGAUGGAGAACGGCAGGUCUAAAGGCUGCGGGACGGUGCGCUUCGACGGCCCCGAGAGCGCAGAGAAAGCCUGUCGAGUGAUGAACGGGACGAAGAUCAACGGCCGCGAGGUAGACGUGCGCAUCGACCGUAACGCUUGAGCCGCU